AUGAAAUCCGAAGACAAACCCCCAUCCUCUCCUACAACUUUCCCGGAACCCAGCAAGAUGUCCUUUCUCUCUUGCCCCCCUGAAACUAGUCAUCAGAUCAUCUCGUAUCUCGAUUCCAGCCGCGAUGUGGCCGCUCUCUCGCUCGCCUGCCGGGCGCUACACUCCAUGUGCAAUAUGCCAAUGCGCAAGAAAUUCCAUCUGAUUCGCGUAUAUCCUGAUGACGAGGGUAUCGAGCAGGCAUUCGGCUUGUUGAUGAGCAUUCUGAAACAGCCUAGCCUAGGCCAAUAUGUGCGCGAAAUAAGGUACUAUGGGAGACCAACGCAUAGUGGAGACUGGGAAAAUGUCAAAAAGGAGCAACAUCCGCGCGAUCUGAGCGAAUCAGAAAUGGAUCUUCUUAAAAGCUAUGUUCGAAGAGCUGGUUUCACGGGCUCAAACGAGAAUAGCGUUUUAAACAUGCUAGUGCAGAAGAAGACGGGCGGUAAUCGUGAACGAGAGAGUUAUUUUGAUGGAGGUUAUGUUAGGUGA